AUGCACAGGUCGCCCAGACAGCUAGUUUUCUAUGCACGGCGGUUCUCAGCUCUAUCCCCCAUUCCACCUCCUUCACAGCCAAAUGCAGCAGUUUCACCCAGUAAUCCUCCUGCUGGAGCCUCCGAGGUUCGUGAACCUACCGUAGGGACGUCGAAGCAGCCUUCGGAAGACGUAGAAUCCCCCAAGGUCCUCCCAGUGGCCUUUCGGGAAUGGUCAGGCCCCGCAGCGGCCGCGUUUCGCCGCUACGCAGACCAGUUCACAUUGUCAGCAAGAACUACUUUCUCUCAGCUGGGUUCACAAUUAAACAAGGUGACGGGCUACGAGGAAAUUGAAGCGUUGAAACGAAGAGUUGUGGAACAGGAAAGCAGAAUAGAGGAAACACGACGUGCUGCCAAGGAGGCGAAGGUCGCAUACGAACAGGCCGUCUCACAGCGCUCCAGGUCACAGAAGGAGGUUAAUGACCUCCUUCAGCGCAAGUCCACCUGGAGCGAUGGCGACGUGGGUCGAUUCACCACGCUCGUUCGUCAAGAUCAUCUCUACGAACAAGAAGAACAGCGCGCGCAAGUCACCGUCGAUGAAACCGAAGCCUCCGUCGAACGUGAGUUUAGCGAGCUCAUGCGCACGAUUCUUGCGAGGUACCACGAAGAGCAGGUAUGGUCCGACAAAAUUCGCAGCGCGUCGACGUAUGGUUCGUUGGCUGCUCUUGGCCUCAAUUUGUUUGUGUUCAUUACGGCGAUUUUGGUGGUCGAACCUUGGAAGCGGAAGAGGUUGGCGCAGACGUUUGAGAAGAAGGUGGAGGAACUCAGUCAGGAGACGGCCUCUAUGGUCGACGAGCGCGUGGGCAGGGUAGAAGCUCUCUUGCAGGCGCAGGCAGAUCUCCUGCUAAUGUCAACUACUGCAAGAGUUUCUACUGCACCCGCCGUCGAGCUACCAGAGCAGAUCCCUGGACGAGGGCCUCUUGAAGUUGAGGCGAAACCACCAUUGACAAAAUCCUCGGGACCUACCUCUAUCUCAGCUCUUAAUGCACUAUUGAGUAGCCCCGACAUGCAGGCGGUUCUGGCUGCUGGCGCGCUAGUAGCAGGAUCCGCCGGGUGGUUGUUACGUGCGUGGUUUGAUAGAUGA